AGCGCACCUUGGUACGCCAUGGCUGCAGCCAUGUUAUCUGGAAUGUGUGUCUAUCUCUUCUUGUCGUGGCUAGCUGUUUCCCGAGUGGAUGCUGGCAGCGGCUGCAAUGAGGCAGCUGAUGAUCCGGGCCCGUGGGUGAGUCAGUUGGACAUGCAGAAGACGGAGGAGGGCUUCGAGCUUACCUUGCAUCUCGUGGGAGGAGAUGUGGCUUCAUCCUCCACAGAAUCCGUGGAACUCCUGGUCACUGGCACGUUGACAACGUCCAAGCAGCAUCUUGUGCUGAAAAAAGCCGGCACCAGGAAAGGAGGCAUCAUGGAAGUUAGAACAGAGGAGUCCCUCCCUGCCGAGUUGCUGGAUCUGACAGUGACCCUGGCAGAGUACAAUGGAAACGCCCAUGGACCAGAACUGAUGAGGUGCACGCCACAAGGCCAGAACUUCAGCUGCCUCCGGGUGCAGAAGGCCUUGGUGACAGAAAACCAAGCGCAAAGCCCGGGCCAACAAGGCCAACAAGGUCAACAGGGCCAACAACAAAGGUCGGUUCAAACGCCUGGAGAGAUGCAUGGGAUGCAUGGCAUGGGGCACAUGCAGGGCAUGCAUGAGCAGAUGCAGCAUGCAGGGCAUGCAGGGCAUGCAGGGCAUGCAGGGCAUGCACGGCCUGGGGAUGCAUCUGGAGCUUCAGGGCUCCGACAAGCAAUGCCAAUGGCAGCGCCACUGGCGCUCGGUGAUGUGUGCAUGCCAGGGCGCAGCAGAUGUCCUGGUGGCAGUUAUUGCAAGGCUGGCGUCGAUGGCUUCAGAUGCCAGGAGCAGAUGUUUUCAGGAGUGAAGCCUGAAUCCUACCCUCUGACACAGAGCCUGCGCAUGGCUCUGGUUGGGGCUUUGGCGCUCUUCCUGUGCCUCUGUACCUUAGGCUGCUUCUAUCGCAGGAGGUUUCGCGAGAGCCGUGCAUUUGAUGAAUUGCCCAAGGUGAUGGGGAAGACGAACCUGGACUUGCCCACCCUCAAGCCGCAAAAGUACAUUGAGGCCUCCGACAGCGAUGAGGAGUACCGGACCUUCUAGAAGCAGAUCUACUUCGGUGUAACCACACCACAUUGUACAGACCUCGGCUCUGUCCAUGUCAGGCACUGACCCAUAAGCUUUGCAC